AGGGGUCCUUUAGGUGUCCCUGUUGCAUAGAAACGCAUCGUCUGGGACGGUAACCUAACAAUUCUCCCUCAGUGAGAAACUAGAUUAGAAACCAUUUUUUUAGUAAACAAAACUCGUUCAAACAGUGCAGUCAUUGUUAGUUUUUUAAGUCAGGUUUUGGUUGGGUUUUUACAUCCUAAAUCGUCAUGACAAGUGAAACGUAAUGAUCGAAGUCAAACCUUAGCUUGAAACCAGUAACAACAGCACGCGCGCUAGUCAGUCCGUGUUGUUCUAAUAUGGUAAAAUAGAAAGCGCUGAAGCGGAUAAAUAAGCGCUAAUGAAGCUGACUGACACGAUGGUAAGGGCUGCUAGCAUUUAGCAGGCUAACUAGCGGCUUUACAUCAACACUGACUUUGGGGUUACACCUGGUCGUCAUCUUUGAUACGAGAAAUUACCAAGGAAGCGGUAGGAAAUGGCUGGCAGCAUAUCUGAAGUGGACCAAAAUAAAUACGAUACAGACGAACAAGUGAAGAUCAUCUGCCUUGGAGACAGCGCUGUUGGUAAAUCAAAGCUGAUGGAGCGGUUUCUCAUGGAUGAGUUUCGUCCACAGCAGAUGUCCACAUAUGCUUUGACUCUGUACAAGCACACGGCGUCAGUAGGAAACAAGACAGUCACAGUUGAUUUCUGGGACACUGCUGGUCAGGAGAGGUUUCAGAGUAUGCAUCCUUCAUACUAUCACAAAGCUCAUGCCUGCAUCAUGGUCUUUGAUGUUCAAAGGAAGAUCACAUAUAAGAAUUUAGCCAACUGGUAUAAAGAGCUGAGAGAGUACAGACCUGAGAUUCCCUGUUGUGUGGUAGCCAACAAAAUUGAUGCCGACUUGAAGGUCACACAGAGAAGUUUUAGCUUUGCAAAGAAACAAGGCCUUCCAUUUUACUUUGUCUCGGCAGCGGAUGGGACCAAUGUCGUUAAGAUGUUCAGGGAGAUGAUCAAGAGAGCCGUGGACUACAAACAAAACCCCAGUGACUUCAUGGAUGAAGUGUUGGAAGAAUUGGAGAACUUUGACCUGGACACAAAGGAAAACUCAGAAGCUGAUGAGAAUGGGUUGAAAGCAGAGAGUCCAGAUUUGGCUUGAAAUAUUUAUAUUUUUUUAUAUUUUCUACCCAUCUGAAUAGUCAUUUUAUCAAAUAGAUAUUUGGAGUUUAAAAAAAAAAAAAUAAUUGUGUUCAUUUUUCCAUCACUGCACUGUCAACUGGCACAUUUAUUUUUAUUAUUGAAUACCUUUUAACCAACUGGAAGGUCUCCUGAAAUGUUCACGUGAUCAGUUUUAUCACAACCCUCCAUCUAUCUGGUGUAAAGAGCUGGGAAUUUAACCCCCCCGAAAAGAAAAAAAAAAAAGUUUUAAAACCAUUAUUGGGAUAAUAGAAUAAUUUCCUAAGUGUGUCAAAAACUGUACUUGAUGUAAUAACAAUGUGAAGCAUGAAAACUGACACAGCAAAGAUAAUGUGCGAUUACAAGUGUAUUUCCUGCAGUUCUCAGUGUCUGUGUGUAGAGCUGUGUGGAGCGCCAGCAGGCUGCUGCAUCUGUCGGAUGAUUUACUUGCAUUUAUUUUAUAGUGUCAAGUUUCUUCUCUAGCGCCUGGUAAAUGAAAGCCUAAUGUACCCUAUAACCAACUGUGAUCAUGACCCUUUGCAUCUUGCUGUGAUGCAGUAUAAUCAACUGAGAACAUCAGCGUUUUAUAAGAAACAGCUGCUACUCAUACAGGAGUCUAUAACUGUGAAGCUAAGCAUUGUUAAUAAGCAUAAUGUUUAACAUUUGUUCUGAAAUCUCAGAUUAUUUAUGAAAUGUUAGAAUAGUUUUAAGCAAACAACAGUUUGGACAGCCUGUAACCAUUUUAAAUACCCUUUGGUGCAUAAGUUGAUAAAAUAAUGUAAUUUUGUUGGUACAUCUUGUGUUGAAAUUUGUGGUUUAUUACAAAUAAUGUUAAAAAUGAUCCCAGGUUGCAUCUUUCAAUUUAUUUUAUUCAUUGGGUACCCUGAGAUUAUAUUGGCAUGCUUAUAAUUCUUUUCAUAUAUUGAAUCAAACGGUCGCUCUGUUACUCUUCCAUGAAGUAAAAGGUUACAAAAUCAGCCCCAAAGCAUGACAGAGCCAAGUCUGUGUUUAACAGAGGGAGAAGAUGCUUU